AUGGAAGAAAUUUCAAAAACUCGUGCCCUUAAACAAAAGGAAACUUCACUUGAGACAUUGAUUAUGCGAAUCCGCAUGGAAGAAGAGGCAAGGGGCCAAGAUGCACUUUUGCAAACGGAAGAAAGCACCUUACAACCCGUCACAAACAAGGUUGUUAUUGCUGAGGAAUUUGGCCAUGUCACAGUGCUCACUUUAAAUCGUCCUAAUCAGUUAAAUGCCAUCUCUACAAAAGAGGCAUUGCUGCUAGGACAAAUAUUCGAGAAAGUUGAGAAAGAUGACAAUGCAAAACUUGUUAUCAUAAAGGGAGCUGGCCGAGCUUUUUCUGCUGGUGGGGAUUUGAGAAUGUUCUAUGAUGGCCGAAAGACAAGGGAUUCUUGCGUAGAAGCUGUCUAUAGAAUGUAUUGGCUUUGCUACCACAUUCAUACAUAUAAGAAGCCACAGGUUGCUCUUGUUCAUGGUAUGUGUAUGGGUGGAGGUACUUCCUUAAUGGUGCCAAUGAGGUUCUCUGUUGUCACUGAAAAAUCUUUAUUUUCAACUCCAGAAACAAGACUAGGAUUUCAUCCAGAUUGUGGCUUGUCUUAUAUGCUUUCUAGACUUCCUGGUCGGCUUGGAGAAUACUUGGGCUUAACUGGGGCAAAGCUGAAGGGUAAAGAAGUGGUUGCUGCUGGACUUGCCACACAUUUUGUUCCUUCUGAUAAAUUGCUUUACUUGGAGAAGAGCUUGUUGAGCUUAAGCACUGGUGAAGAGACAGCAAUCAAAUCAGUCAUUGAGCAAUUCUCAACAGAUAUUCAGAUAGAUGAAAGAAGCAUCUUGAACAAGCUUCCUAUAAUCAAUGACUGUUUUUCCAAGGAUUCCAUGGAGGAGAUAAUGAAAUCACUUGAAGUUGAGGCAAGGAAAGUAGGAAAUGAUUGGAUUAUAGCAGUGCUUGAAGGGCUAAAAGAAUCAUCCCCAACAGGAUUGAAAAUAACACUAAGAUCGAUUCGAGAAGGAAGAAAACAAACGUUGUCUGAAUGCCUCAAACGGGAACUUAGACUUACAACGAACAUCUUAAGAACAAUCAUAUCUGGUGAUAUCUAUGAGGGUAUACGUGCUGUUUUAAUCGACAAGGAUAACUCUCCAAAGUGGUACCCUCCAACUCUUGAGAAGGUGAAAGAUGAGCAACUCAACAUAAUUUUCAAGCCAUUUGAAAAAUAUUUGGAGCUCCAACUUCCAGAUAAUGAAGAGUUCAGGUGGGAUGGAAAAUAUGAAAAUUCGAUAUAUUUUCAGAUUAACCGAGAGAAGAAUCAGAAGGAAUCUCAAUCAAUUGCUAUGGGAACUGGCCGUAUACGAUCUACCCUAUGAGAUCAGAUCUAGAUUCAAAAUUUAAACUUGAUGAAUGCGAUCUUUAAAGUUGAUUGAAUUCAUUAAUUUUGUUUUAUUACAUGGUCAAGCCAACUUCUAUAUUAUUCAUACAAAUGUCGGUCUAAGAUGUCUAGCAGUUGACAUCUGAUACUGCUUCAAAGGGUUUUCUUUAUUUAAAUGUGUGUAAAUAAUAUUUCUCGAAGAAACAAAUUGUGUGUGUAUAUACCAUAGCUUCCACAUGAUAAAAGUUUGUAACUAUGACAAGGAAAGUAAAAAAUGCAUUGUUGUGGAUAUCUGCCAUUUAGAAACAAUUCAUAAUACUCAUUUAAGUUUA